GCCCCUCCCCCUCCCUUCCUUUUGACGCAUCAAAUCAUGGCGGAUAAGUACGUGUCAGGUUACCCCCCGCCACCGUACUACUUCGAGGAGUAUGUAGAUGCGGAUGAGCAGGUGGGCCAAGUGGAAGAUACAGAAGGGGGAGAGGGAGUCCACACGGAUGCCUACCAUUUGUUAAGCGACAUAAAGCACCAGUAUAACAUUUACGACGUUACAGAGAAUACCCACGUGGAGUCCCCCCCAAUUGAUGGAAACGAAAAGGAAAAGUACACUAAGCAAACGUGCCAUCUGAUACUGGGUAGACCCCCACCAGUUCCCCUCAAAAGUAAUUACAACGUAUUUGGGAUUAACCACCAAGUGGAAAAAAGAGUCGAAGAUUUAGAGAGUGACGAAUUACUAUAUGAUGUGAAAAAAAAUUUGAAAAAUGAAUUUAUUAGACUUUUUAAAAAAUAUAAAGAAUCCAUUUUCGAUCUUUUUGACGACAUUGUAAAUAACAGACGAGACGACAAGACGAAAAUAAAAAUACUCAUUAAGGUCCACGUAAAUCUAUUUCACAUUUUGGCCAAACUCAGAUUUUACCAAUGUGUUAAUAAUAUUAUUAACGUUUUGAAAGUGCAACUGAAGAGACGGCAGAUAGCCAUCGACAAGAUGAAGUUAAGUCUGCUUCGUAUUUAUGGCUAUAUACAUUUUGUGCAGGGAAGUUUUUCUACUCGUGCCAUUGCGGACGAUGAUGAGGGAGGGAGUCCCAAACGGAGGAGGAAGCUCACCGUGCUGUAG